AUGAUGGCUCCUCUCGCGCGCUUCCUUUGCGCCUCUUUGGCCGUCGCUACCUCCGCAUCUGCUACUUUCCACCAGCUCGAGCGCCGCCAGAAUGGCACCAGCAGCACCGGCUCAAUGUGCCCGGGCUACAGCGCCAGCGAUGUUCAGAAGAACGCCAAUGGCUUGACCGCCAAGCUGACUUUGGCCGGCGAGGGCUGCAACAUCUACGGCAACGACAUCAAGGACCUGACUUUGACGGUCGAGUACCAGACUGACAACCGUCUUCACGUGUUGAUCCAGGAUGCCAACCAACAAGUCUACCAAGUCCCCGAAUCCGUUUUCCCUCGCCCGACCUUCACCGGUGUCAAGAACGGCUCAAGCAACCUCGUCUUCGACUACGUCCAGGAGCCUUUCAGCUUCACAGUCAAACGCCGUAGCAGCGGCGAAGUCCUCUUCGAUACAUCUGCAGCAUCGCUCAUCUUCGAAGACCAAUAUGUGCGCUUGAGGACUGCGCUCCCACAAAACCCAAGCCUCUACGGCACGGGUGAGCACACCGAUCCAUUUAUGCUGAAUACCACCAACUACACUCGUAUCGUGUGGAACCGCGACGCCUACGGAACCCCCGCAGGCUCCAACCUCUACGGUACCCACCCAGUCUACUACGACAACCGUGGCAAGAAUGGCACGCACGCCGUCUUCUUGCUCAACUCGAACGGAAUGAACUACAAGAUCAAUGAUGACGAGGGCCAGUACCUCGAAUACGACCUUCUUGGAGGCGUGCUUGACUUCUACUUCCUGGCUGGCCCCACGCCGGUCGAGGUUGCAGAGCAGUACUCCGAGGUUGUGGGCAAGCCAGCGUUGAUGCCAUACUGGGGCUUCGGUUUCCACCAGUGUCGUUACGGAUACCAGGAUGUCUACGACGUUGCAGAAGUUGUCGCGAACUAUUCGGCUGCCAACAUUCCUCUGGAGACCAUGUGGACUGACAUUGACUACAUGCAUCUUCGUCAAGUUUUCACCUUGGACGGGGCGCGCUACCCUCUGAACCUCAUGCGAGAGCUCGUUUCUACACUGCACAGCCGUCAGCAGCAUUACAUUGUCAUGGUGGAUCCAGCCGUUGCGUACCAGGACAAUGCGCCGUUCAACAACGGAAAGGACCAGGACAUCUUCAUGAAGCGCGAGAACGGUUCGAUCUACAAGGGAGUCGUCUGGCCCGGUGUGACUGCCUUCCCUGACUGGUUCCACCCCAACACUCAAGGCUACUGGGACGGCGAGUUCCAAAGCUUCUUCAGCGCUGACUCUGGUGUUGACAUCGAUGCCCUUUGGAUUGACAUGAACGAUCCUAGCAACUUCUGCAACUACCCCUGCAGCGACCCAGAAGAGCAGGCACGCACAAUGGGUAACCCUCCUCGUCCACCGGCGGUUCGUCUUGGUGCCCCUCGACCCAUCGCUGGGUUCCCUGCGGACUUCCAGCCAGUGUGCAAGUCUCAGGUCAACUUCCGUGUCAAUGGUUCCACCUUCUAUGGCGAGAACAUCAUUGUCUAUGGCAACGUGUCGACCAUCGGAGCCGACGACAUCACCAACGCUGCUCCCCUUGACGCCACCAGCUACCCUGUGUGGAGCGCUCAGAUCGACGUCCCAGCCAACACCGUCGUUUCGUUCCAGUUUGUUCGCGCAGAGCCGGAUGGCACGUAUGUGUAUGAGGCUCAAAAUCACACCAUGUCCACUGGCGGCUGCAACAGCACUGAAGAGACCCCCGUCUACAACAUCACUACGUCUUCGCCACCUCAGAACAGCAAGGUGAGGCGUUUCAUCGACUUCUCAUACCUGGACCACCCUGCCCUGCCAAACAUCAAGCGUCAGUCCACUGGUGACAAGAAGGGUCUCUCUGGCCGUGAUCUUAUCAACCCAGAAUACGACAUCCAAAAUGCUGCCGGGUCCCUCAGCAACAAGACUGCCGACACCGACAUUGUCCUCUACAGCGGCAACGUGGAGUACGAUACCCACAACAUUUACGGAUCGAUGAUGUCGGAAGCCUCCCGCAUUGCCAUGUUGAGCCGUCGUCCAUCCGUCCGCCCACUGAUCAUCACUCGUUCCACUUUUGCAGGCUCUGGCUCUCAGGUCGGCAAGUGGACUGGUGACAACCUCUCCAGCUGGUUCCACUACUUGAUCUCUAUCACCGAGAUUAUGGAGUUCAACUCGCUCUACCAGGUUCCCAUGGUCGGAUCUGAUGUUUGCGGUUUCGGUGACAACACCAACGUCAACCUCUGCUCGAGAUGGGCCUCUCUUGGUGCGUUUGCUCCAUUCUACCGCAACCACAACCAGGACGGCUCGAUCCCACAGGAGUUCUACCGCUGGCCACAAGUCGCCGAGGCUGCACGCAACGCCAUCGAAAUCCGAUACAAGCUCCUCGACUACUUCUACACCGCAUUCUACAAGCAGAACCAGACCGGUACCCCAUCGAUCCAGCCAACAUUUUUCCACUACCCAGAGGACCCCAACACCGCUCCUCUUGGCUUCCAGUACUUCUUCGGCCCAGGCCUCUUGGUGGCUCCAGUCGUCGAGGAGAACAGCACCGUCGCCAACUUCUACCUUCCAAACGAUGUCUUCUAUGACUACUACACUCACGCGAAGAUCCAAGGUACCGGCGCUCCAUACACCGUCACCGAAGUUGCCUACACCUCGAUCCCGCUGUACUACAAGGGAGGUCAGAUCCUUGCCCAGCGCGAGAACUCCGCCAACACGACCACGGAGCUGCGCAAGCAGAACUUCAACAUCGUGAUCGCACCAGGCAAGAACGGCACCGCCGAGGGAGACCUCUACCUCGAUGACGGCAACAGCCUCGUCCAGCAGAGCUACAGCUACAUCCACUUCAGCUACUCGUCCAACGGCCGCUUCCGCAUGACCGGCCACUUCGGCUACGACUCGGGAUGCUUCAUCUCCAGCAUCACCGUCCUCGGCAAGAGCGGCUCGAACGGAACGCACAGCAGAGUCAAGGCCGACCAGCAGAUUUCUCUGACGCAAGAGUACGACAGUUCGGUAUAG